AUCUAUUUAAAUUUUCAUGAAAAAAAAAAACAUUUUCUUUUUACGAGAGAAUUAGGGUUAAAGUUUUGAGGCUAGAAACCUCGAUCCCUUAAGGGUUAAGCUCUAAAUAUUCGCACAUAGUUCAAAUCUUUUUUAGGUUCAAAAAGAGCACCUUUUCUUAGAUCUUAGAACUACCUUUUAAUUUUUUUGAGUUUGUCGUUUUCGAGAAAUAUUUAAUUUCCAGAAAAAAACAUCAAUUUAGAUCUUGAGUAAGUAUCUCAGAGUGGAUCCUGUUUAAUUUUCUGCAUAUUCCGAGAAGUGAAAUAAUGGAAAAUAAAAUUUCAGUGUGGAAGUGUUUAAAAUAUUCAAAAACUUCCAUAAUAUCACUUCGGGACGAAAAAUUAACCAAGAAACUAAAGUGGUUCCGUAAUUACGGAAAAAUCUUAUCGUUUUUGCAAUAUAUUCGUUUUUUUUAGUGAUUCAAUGGCAACCUAAAAUAAAAGUCUAAAAAGUUUAGGAGAUACUUUCGUCCAGUAAAAACUAAGCUCUGGUAACUAAUGAAUUCAAAUCAGUCAGGAGAUGAGGUCAAAAUAAUAUAGAUUUUUAUUAAAAAUUAUUAUUAGGAUUUUUUUUAAAAUUAAACUUCAAAUGGUAAUUGAAAGGUGAAUGAUCUUCAUUUCAUUCAUUCUUCUGUGAGGCAACAGCUCAAAAUGCUAUUGCGGGAUAUUCAAUUUAACUUCUAAACUUGAACUUGCUUCGCAUUAAAUUCUCCUUAAUGGAAAAAAUACUUUGACCUCGUUUAAAGUUUCACAGAUGAGGCGCACGAUCUUUCAUUCUAAAAUUCGCAUUUUCCUUAUGAAAUCACGACUUUAUGCUUUCCCUGUUGGAUGGUCUUUGUUAAGCUGCCAAAUUACAGGCAUUUUGCGUGAAACAUCUUCGAAUGUAAUACUGAUUGUGACAAAUUACUUCCACGAGACAGCCUACAGAUGUUGUGUUGUGUCGUGAAGUAGAGCAAAAGGAAUGAGAAUUUGCUGACAAGACGCACUUGUUUCAAUGAAUUAACAUAAAUCUCAACGCAGCGCAUGAUCAAUAUUAUGGUUCUGCGGAAUUACGCCCAUUUGUCCCAAUUUUCGCGAUCAUAUGCCAUCGUGUAAACAAUGGGAAGUGCGAUCGUGAAAUUGCAGCAUCACGCACAUUCACUCUGCGUGAUGGGUUCGUGCGAAUGUGUGUGAUGAUCGUGUAUUUUGUCCGAAUGGUGUGAUUGUAGAAACCUCGUGCUGGUUGUCAUGCUGCGAUCAGUACGAUCACUAUGCGUGACUUGACUAACAUGUGGUGGCAUUGCACACAUGCAAAAAUAUCAUAUUCGAGGGGUGAGUUAACGUGAAAAUUCAUUCAAUUUAUCGCGCUUAAAUAAUCCAAGAGCUGAUCGCGUUAUUCGUGGAAGUUGGUAUCCCCUUGAAUUGAAUUUCAAAUUCCCUCGUUGGCGGUUCCACAACUCCGCACCGUUCUCUCAGUUGGAAGAGACACUCGCCGGAGAUCGAUGUAGCAGCUGCUACUCGUACAUUGAGUGCAGAAAUUUAUUUUCAAGAAUUUAUUUUCAUUCACUGCACUUACUGCAUUUAAUACAUUGUGUCGUGCAAAAUGGUGCAAUUUUGCUGAGGUUUGCGCAUUUUUUUCGGGCAUUCUACGCGUCUCUCCACGGUAGUGUCUGACCUCAAAAGCAAUCAGUAGUGUGGGGACAAUUUAAUAACUAAAUUGUUGUUCAUAUGGUGCCUUGAGGGGCUACUAUUGCCCUUGUCUUCCCCCCCAGAUUACCCUUUUUGAUUGCCGCCAGGAGAGAAUCUGGGUGUUGGAAAGUGUGCAGUGUGAUCUUGUGCGCAAGAUCUUUUUUCAAGAUCACAUGAAAUUAUAUUGCGAGAAACUAAUUGAAGGAAAGAUAAUUUACCAUUAAAAUUGUCUAAAAUGUGGUUAAAUGUGUUGUAUAUGGUGGAUUAAAAAUAAAAUUCACUUUCAUAAAUAUUUAUUCAUUUGAUCGCGCAAAGUCCGCCAUAUGCAGGUCUGUCGCGAUCGUGAUCGUGUGACGUGAUUUGUGCGUGUGGGUGUCUGUACGAGAGAAAGUCGUCACACUGGGCCACAACCAUCUUGCGACAUCCUCACUCUUUUUUGUGACGAUCUUGAGACCCCAAGCUGAUCCCCACACACACCGGGUAGGAUCACAUGAUCGCAUCUUCAGUGUGUGGGCUUCGGAAAUCGUUGGCCCACAUCUCUGUUAUGCUUAUGAUCGUUCAAAAGUGCGUUCGGAACAAAGAAAAGUGAUCGGUGUUUGGAUACAUCGAGAAAAAAAAGAGGAAGGAUCUACACUGUGUGACAAUAUUUGCAUAUCGUGAUUGGUUAUAGAUAGAAUCAUCAUAAAAUAUUUACCAGCAUGUCCGGCAGUGGAUCUCCAAUUGCCGGCUACGAGGCGCCGUCGGAUAUAUCACCGGCACGCAAGCAAGCUGCCAGGCGUCUCCUUAAGCUAUCAAUUCCCAAACUCCAAUCCACAGCAACACAUCAACCAAUGUCAGCUACUGCAUCCGGUAGCCCCCAUCGGAUGCCAACUGGUAGAAUAGCACGAACGGCUCUUCCGCAAGAGAAUUCCGAAAGUGGACCUUUUGUCAGUAGCCCCCCGAUUGCUGUUAGAACUGGCCACCAGACACCCGUGACGCCAGUCCAUACGGCGGAUGUCGUUAGUGUUUCCUCCGCGGGAUCUUCGCCGGGCGCCAGAGGCAGCCCACGCUCCUUCCCGCGCUUUGUUAGCUUCUCAGCAGCCGCCGAUGAGAUGUCGGAUUUUCCAGAAGCCCAAUCACAUGUAACACCCGAGAUGGCGGCUAUAUUGGAAAAUUUGCAGAAAAAGAAUGCCUUAACGUCUUCCACAACGGCCACAAGUGCACGGCAAAAUCUUAUUAAUUCGAGUUCCAUCAAGGAAACUUCUUCAUCACUGUCAUCCUCAUCCACUUCAUCAUCGCAACAGGUGGUUAACAGUAGCUCCUCCUCGAGCAGUUCAUCAUCCACAACAACAUCUCGAGUGGCCAAGACAUCGUCGUCACAGCGUCUUCAUCACGUCACAGCAUCAUCUACGUCAGAAAUGAAAGCCACAGCCCUCCAGCGAAAUCUCACCGACUUCAAAAACUCCAUGACGGAGAUUAACAAUCUCGCCUCAAUGGGGAGGACAACCACACAGACUACCGCCAUGAGUCAGCUCAAGAGCAAAAUUCGCUCUUCACUGGAGAAUCUCGUCGAUAGUCGAGAAGACCAACCCCUGGUAACCUUCCCAGAUGGCGAUGGGCCAGACAAUGACCUACAAUUAGAUCUUUCACCGGCUAUUUCGUCUUCCGUCGCGGGUGAUUUGGCCACGACAACAGGGGCCGUAGAUACGGUAAAAUUUGAGCAGAAGAGCAUGACAUCGGCGUCCAAGACUAAAGUGGUGACUGAUGGGUACAGCACUGAGCAAGCUUCAUCAAAUUCAGCUGAAAUGAAACGCCUUCAAGCUGGUGAUGUUGACUACCAGGAAUCUAAAGCAGCUUCUGCAAUGAGAAAUCGUGUGGAAGUCGAUGGGAUUUCUGCCGAACAGAAUGCUGCCAUGCUCAAAGAAGCCAGAUCACUAAAAUCCGGUGAUAUGCAACAGCAAGAGUCAAACAGCGUUGCAGCAGCUUCUAUGAAAGUCCACAGUGAUACAUUUACCGCCGAAAAGAAAGCCAUAACGCAGGCUCAGCAGCGUCAAAUGGUGACGUCUUCAGGGAUAUUUAAUCAGGAGAAGCAUGUAAGCUCUGCGAGUCAAUCAAACUUCACCAUCACGAAGAAGGGUAUUAGCACAGGUGCCUCAAUGAUUUCCUCAUCAACACGCAAAACAAAUGGAUUUGAUGAAGAAUAUUUCGGGGGGUUUGAUGAUCUCGAGAGUUUGUGCUCCACCAGCAAUCCCAAGGAUGUAGAACGUGCAAUCUCAAAGUACACCAAUUACCUGGACCAGUAUGUGAAGAAUUUACAGACACCUGAGCAAAUGACAACAGCACCACCCAUGCUGGAUAAAAUUAACGAAAUCAUCCGAAAGGCAUGGGCAGUACCCACGUAUGGGCAUGAAUUGGGCUAUACACUGUGCAAUGAGUUGCGUUCCACGGGGGGUUUGGAUCUCCUCAUGAGGAAUUGCGUUGAAGGUGAUAAGGAAAUCCAAUUUUCCUCUGCGCGACUCCUUGAGCAAUGUCUCACAACGGAGAAUCGUUCGCAUGUCGUUGAGAAUGGGCUAGAGAAGGUGGUUAAUGUAGCGUGUGUGUGCACGAAGAACACCAAGACGGAUCACAGUCGUGUAGGAACGGGCAUUUUGGAGCAUCUUUUCAAACACAGCGAAGGCACGUGCUCAGAUGUGAUCAGACUUGGUGGAUUGGAUGCGGUGCUAUUUGAAUGCCGAAAGAAUGAUGUUGAAACCCUCCGUCACUGUGCUGGUGCUCUGGCCAAUCUAUCCCUGUACGGUGGAGCUGAAAAUCAGGAAGCCAUGAUCAAUAGAAAAGUGCCUAUGUGGCUAUUCCCACUAGCUUUCCACGAUGAUGACAACAUCAAGUACUACGCCUGCCUUGCAAUAGCUGUCCUUGUGGCCAAUAAGGAAAUCGAGGCGGAAGUGCUGAAAUCUGGUACACUGGACCUCGUAGAGCCCUUCGUAACAUCCCACAAUCCAUCUGAAUUUGCAAAAUCCAAUCUUGCUCAUGCACACGGGCAGAGCAAACACUGGCUACAGCGUCUUGUUCCCGUGCUGAGCAGCAAACGAGAGGAAGCACGCAAUUUGGCUGCAUUUCACUUCUGUAUGGAGGCUGGGAUAAAGAAGGAGCAGGGAAAUACUGAGAUAUUCCGAGAAAUUGGUGCUAUUGAACCACUGAAGAAUGUAGCAUCCUGCCCCAAUGCAAUUGCAUCGAAAUUUGCCGCUCAAGCUCUGAGAUUAAUUGGUGAAGAGGUGCCCCAUAAGCUAUCACAGCAAGUACCCCUGUGGACGACGGAAGAUGUGCGAGAAUGGGUGAAGCAGAUAGGAUUUGGGGACUAUGAGAGGAAUUUCUAUGAAUCCCGCGUUGAUGGUGAUUUGUUGUUGCAACUAAAUGAGGAAAAUCUCCGUGAGGACAUUGGCAUUGUCAAUGGGAUACAGCGCAAGCGAUUUAUGCGUGAGAUGCAAAAUCUCAAGAAGAUGGCUGACUACUCAUCUCGUGAUUCCUCAAGUCUCAACCAAUUCCUGCAGAAUAUUGGAAUGGAAUACAGCAUCUACACGUACUCUAUGCUCAAUGCCGGUGUUGAUAAGGAAUCCCUGAGGCAUCUUAAUGAUGAUCAACUCAUCUCCGAAUGUGGCAUCACAAAUUCCAUCCAUCGCCUCAGGAUACUCAACAAUAUUAAAUCAAUUUUUCCAGGCAUGGAAUCCUCCAUGUGUCUCUCAUCGGAGGAAAAUCCCGACAAGACUCUCGAUGUUUUCGUCAGCUACCGCCGCAAUAAUGGAUCUCAACUUGCCAGUCUUUUGAAGGUUCAUCUGCAACUUCGGGGUUUUUCCGUAUUUAUCGAUGUUGAGCGAUUAGAGGCAGGAAAGUUUGAUAAUAACCUCCUGCAGAGCAUCCGCCAGGCUAAGCACUUUAUCCUUGUACUAACCCCAAGAGCCCUUGAGCGGUGUAUUGAGGAUUUUGAGUGUAAAGACUGGGUACAUCGGGAGAUUGUGGCUGCUCUCAAUUCCAACUGCAACAUUAUUCCCAUUAUUGAUAAUUUCUCAUGGCCAGAACCAGAAAAUCUGCCAGAAGACAUGAGGAGUGUUUGCCAUUUCAAUGGAGUACGUUGGAUUCAUGACUAUCAGGAUGCUUGUGUGGACAAACUUGAAAGGUUCAUGCGUGGCGAACUGAACAUGAAAUCCGAUGGAUUCCGUGGUCCAUUGCGUGGUGAUGGAACACCAAGUACACCAAGUACAGCAUCAACAACGCGCCAGAAUCCGCCAAUUUAUCAGCGAAUGCACAGCAAUGACUCCAACAAGGGCGGAGACAAUGGGCGAAUAUCAGAUUGACUAGAUGGCCCCCCUGCCUCAACGAAUGCACGCCACCGCCUCCGUGGGUCACCGAGUCCUGCACGACAACUCAUCACUGGACAUCCUGCAAGUCGCAUUGGGCGUCCAACAACACCACAGCGACGUCCCCAGGCGGCUCCUCGUGGCCCCCUUGCUCUGAGUCGUCGGCCACCCCUACCGCCUGCCAUUAGUUCCCGUAGUCAGAGCUUAGAUGGUCUCUUGGAUAUGGCAGGAUGCGAUGAUGCUGGGAAUGGGCAAAAGACAAAUAGCGAGAGAGCUGCAUCGGAGGUAACUGAUUCCCCGCAACGAAGGCAACGUGGCGCCGAGACGGAUCGUGGAAAUCGGAUAUCCCGAAGUCUCGAGGAUUUGCUGGACGAGAAGCCGGAAGCUAAUAAGGGUGAGGAAGAAGAUGGGAACUGCAGUAGGAGCCUAGAGAGUUUACUGCAGGAUACCCCAGAGAGUCCAGCGAGUGAGCAAGCACAGCGAACUGCAUCACCAGGAGAGAAGUUUUGUGAAAGUGAAACAAUUGUGGUGGAUAAUGCACUAAGAAGCAACGAUGACACAGCUUACAAUUCAGAGGAGGAGAAAUCAUCCACAUCCAGUCGUCAGGGGUCCAUUUCUUCCGAUCAACAGGGCUCAAAGCGGACAUUCAUAAAUCGCCUUGGACGACGCAUGAAGAGUCUAAUUAAGAAGUAAAGCUCACGGAGGGACUUCGAGGAGUAUAGUUCUAUAUAUUCCAUCUCAAUGUCCACAGGACGCAAGGAUUUCCCGUGCACUUGGUGGUGCCACAGUAUUAGGAUAUUGCAUACAUACACAGAUAAAAUGAAAUGAUGGACCUCUUAGCCAUUCCCAGCAGACAAAAAUUUCACAAAAUUUAAAAGGGGCCUUUGAGGAUUUUUCGGGGACGGGGGGCUUAUGCCAGAAAGUCAAAGGAGAUGCAUGUGACGUACCUGUAAAUUGAUUUGUGAUUACUCGAUGUGAGCAGCUUAUAUAACAACGUUUGUUUUAGAAGAGAUUUCAUCCGAAUCCCUGGGCUAAAAGCAAAUUCUUUUCUUCACGAGCGCAUAAAUGACUCACAGCACAUUAUUACUUAAAAAAAAAGAAAAAAUUUCUCAGCCUAAGAAAACUUUUUAUAUAAAAAAGGAGCUCUUGUAUAAAUGUUUAGUAUCGAUACUUAUUUAACCAAUUUUAACACUGAUGCAGGAUGUUUAGCCAUAAGUGAUUUUAUUUCACAAAAAAUAAUAUUUUAUGAAUAUUUGUAUUUCCCAAUGACCUAUGCUAUAUAUUAUACAUAGUAUUACAGUGCAAUUAGGAACACUGGAAGAAAAAAUUGCAUAUUAUAAGAAUUUUUAUUGUUUAUCUUUGCAAAAUAGAGAAAGAUCAAUAAAGCGAUUUUGCAACAGGACAGCAAAAGGAA